UAUUAUUAAGCCAUAGGCCCAUAGUUCUCCGUCGUUUCAUCGUCCUCCCCCCUUUUCUCUUCUCGGCCUCUUACAAUGGCCGAGUCUGCAUAGCCAUCUUCCUUGCUCUUCCACUGAAAAGCUUCUCUCCAAAAAUGCGCUCCAAGGACAGAAUUUCUUACUUCUAUGACGGGGAUGUGGGUAGCGUUUACUUUGGGCCGAAUCAUCCAAUGAAGCCACACCGGCUUUGUAUGACUCAUCAUCUUGUUCUCUCCUAUGAGCUCCAUAAGAAGAUGGAGAUUUAUCGGCCUCACAAGGCAUAUCCUGUUGAGCUUGCGCAGUUCCAUUCAGCUGACUAUGUUGAAUUUUUACACCGGAUUGCACCAGACACUCAACACUUGUUUGCAAAUGAAUUGGCAAGAUAUAAUCUUGGAGAAGAUUGUCCUGUCUUUGAAAACCUGUUCGAAUUUUGUCAAAUUUAUGCUGGUGGAACAAUAGAUGCUGCACGUAGAUUAAACAACCAACUAUGUGACAUUGCUAUAAACUGGGCUGGUGGAUUACACCAUGCCAAGAAGUGUGAGGCAUCUGGAUUUUGCUACAUCAACGACUUAGUUUUGGGGAUUUUGGAGCUUCUGAAAUAUCAUGCACGUGUUUUAUAUAUUGAUAUAGACGUACAUCAUGGUGAUGGUGUCGAAGAAGCCUUUUAUUUCACUGACAGGGUGAUGACCGUGAGUUUUCACAAGUAUGGGGAUUUGUUCUUUCCUGGAACCGGAGAUGUUAAGGAUGUAGGAGAAAGAGAAGGAAAGUUUUAUGCUAUAAAUGUCCCCCUGAAGGAUGGCAUAGAUGACACCAGCUUCAAUCGACUUUUUAAAACAAUUAUCUCCAAGGUUGUAGAGACAUAUCUGCCAGGUGUAAUAGUUCUUCAAUGUGGAGCAGAUUCUUUAGCUAGAGAUCGCUUAGGCUGUUUCAAUCUCUCCAUUGAUGGGCAUGCUGAAUGUGUUAGGUUUGUGAAGAAAUUCAAUUUGCCUUUACUGGUUACUGGAGGUGGAGGGUACACAAAAGAGAAUGUUGCUCGAUGUUGGACUGUUGAAACAGGAGUUCUUUUAGAUACAGAGCUACCUAAUGAGAUCCCAGAUAAUGAGUAUAUCAAAUAUUUUGCCCCCGAGUAUUCUUUGAAGAUUCCAGGUGGACAAAUAGAGAAUUUAAAUAGCAAAUCUUACCUUAGCACAAUAAAAAUGCAAGUACUGGAAAAUCUUCGAUGCAUACAACAUGCUCCAAGUGUACAAAUGCAAGAGGUUCCACCCGAUUUUUAUAUUCCUGAUUUUGAUGAAGACGAGCAAAACCCAGAUGAGCGCAUGGAUCAGCAUACUCAAGACAAGCAUAUUCAAAGAGAUGAUGAAUAUUAUGAAGGGGACAAUGACAAUGAUCAUAACAUGGAUGCUCCUUGAAUUGGAGGAUUAGAAUUUAAAAGGCUAGAUGUAACGAUUCUAAUUUGUUGCCACACCUGAGAUAUAACUUCUGUGUCCAUAUUUCUUUUACAUUUACUUCAAUUGUUUUCAACAGCAUUGUAUCAUAA